CGCCCCCUCGUCGCAGUCGACGCGGCCCGGCAGGUCAGCCUCGCGGAGACCCGGGGGCUCCGCUGUCUCAGCCCCGCAGUCUCGGUCCACCCGCGAGCUAUGGCCCAGCCCGGCGAGGAGGUUCUGCCCGGGCCCCAUACCGCGGUGCAAAUCCGCGUCGCCAUCCAGGAGGCCGAGGACGUGGAGGAGUUGGAGGAGGAGGAGGAGGAGGAGGGGGCGGAGACGCGGGGCGCAGGGGACCCGUCUCGGUAUCUUAGCCCCGGGUGGGGCAGUGCCAGCGAGGAGGAGCCGAGCCGCGGGCACAGUGGCGCCACAAGUGGGGGUGAGCAUGAGCGCGAGGACCUGGAACAGGAUUGGAAGCCCCCAGAUGAGGAGCUAAUCAAGAAACUGGUGGAUCAGAUUGAAUUCUACUUUUCUGAUGAGAACCUGGAGAAGGAUGCCUUCUUGCUGAAGCAUGUGAGGAGAAACAAGCUGGGAUAUGUGAGUGUCAAGCUGCUCACAUCCUUCAAGAAGGUGAAACACCUUACACGGGACUGGAGAACCACGGCUCAUGCCUUGAAGUAUUCAGUGAUCCUUGAGCUGAAUGAGGAUCACCGGAAGGUGAGGAGGACCACCCCUGUCCCACUCUUCCCCAAUGAGAAUCUCCCCAGCAAGAUGCUUCUGGUCUAUGAUCUCUACCUGUCCCCCAAGCUUUGGGCCCUAGCUACCCCCCAGAAGAAUGGAAGGGUGCAGGAGAAGGUGAUGGAACACCUGCUCAAGCUCUUUGGCACCUUUGGGGUCAUAACGUCCGUGCGGAUCCUCAAACCUGGGAGAGAGCUGCCCCCUGACAUCCGAAGGAUCAGCAGCCGGUACAGCCAGGUGGGGACUCAAGAGUGCGCCAUCGUGGAGUUUGAGGAGGUUGAGGCAGCCGUCAAAGCCCACCAGUACAUGAUCACGGAAUCUCAGAGUGGGGAGAACAUGAAAGCUGUCCUGAUUGGUAUGAAGCCACCCAAAAAGAAACCAUCCAAAGACAAGAACCAUGACGAGGACCCUGCUGUGAGCAUCCACCCAAACAAAUCCCUGAACAAGAGAGUCGAGGAGCUUCAAUACACGGGCGACGAGUCUUCUGCCAACAGCUCCUCCGACCCUGAGAGCAACCCCACGUCCCCCAUGGCUGGCCGGCGGCACGUGGUCCCCAACAAGCUCAGCCCUUCUGGCCACCAGAAUCUCUUUCUGAGCCCCAAUGCCUCCCCCUGCUCAAGCCCUUGGAGCAGCCCCUUGGCCCAGCGCAAAGGCGUUUCCAGAAAAUCCCCACUGGCCGAAGAACGUAGACUGAACCCUAGUGCCAGUCCCGAAAUCUUCUGCAAAUGUAUGGAUUAUUCCUCUGACAGCAGCGUCACUCCCUCUGGCAGCCCCUGGGUUCGGAGGCGCCGUCAAGCUGAGAUGGGGACACAGGAGAAAAGCCCUGGUGCAAGUCCUCUGCUCUCCCGAAAGAUGCAGACUGCAGACGGGUUACCUGUGGGAGUCCUGCGGUUGCCCAGAGGUCCUGACAACACCAGGGGGUUUCAUGGUGGACACGAGAGGAGCAGGCCCUGUGUGUAAUAAAUAUCUGCUCUUUUUAAUGUCAGGUCCAUUGAAAGCCACCUUUGUUUUCAAGGUUCUGACAAAUGCCUGGCAUGAUAUAGAAAUGGAAUUAAGUCCCCUUUGAAAGAUUUUGUAUACAUAUAGACCUCUUAAUUUAUAUAUUUGUAAUGUAUAUAAAUUGUCAGUAUACUAUGGUUUUAAGGCUGUACUCUAGUUCAGAACUCCCUUAUGUCCCAGCAUGGUCAUUGUUUUGAUGAUGCCUUACCUGUGUGGAUGGCCUUGAAGGGCUGUGGGACAGAGGUGUCUGGGAAGGUGUGACGACAGGUCUCUUCUUUGGGGCAGGGUUCUUCCCUGUGGUGACGGCACUGUCCUUGGUCGGUCACACGGGGGCUUCCUAAGAGCCCGGAGGAGCUCUGUUGUGCAACGGCAGCUAGUUAAGCUAAUAGCCUGGUGUCUUAUAGGACCAAAUGUAUGUUUCUUAUCAAGUGAAUAAAUAAUAAAACAUCCAGCUGGGAGUGCUGGCUCUCAGGUCAUAGACUGGGCUUGAUAGAAGUCUCUGCUUGUCUGACAGGGUCGUGUGUAGCCAUGUUGUGAGGCCCUGAGGAGCUCAGCGGAGAUGCAUUUCCUAAAUGCACCCCAAGGCAGCCCCAGGGCCUUUCUUAGGGCUCCUGGCAGCCUGAGAAGUCAGCAGUUUGUGCAGUACCACCUCUCUCUUCACAAGGAAUCAUACUGAGAAAAGACAUCUUGGGAUAGACCAGUGUUUCUCUAGAUAUGGGCCCAAACCAGCAGCUCUGACAGCAGCAAGAACUUCUUAGAAAUGCAAAUUCUCAGGUCUCACCCCAGGCGUACUGAAUCAGAAACUCUGGGAGACCGGCCCCACAUUUGUGCUUUAACAAGCCCUCCAGGCGAUCCUGAUGCAUGCUAGAGUUUGGGAACCACAGAUUAGAGAAAGGUGGUAGGACUUGAGGUGAGACCGAAUCCUGCAUCCUCCACUUUGUUUUGUGACCUUGGGAAAGUGAUUUACCACCUCUGAGCCUGACCCACCAUAUAUGUUAAUUUCUUUUGCUUCUUGUUUGGGUUAAUGUCCAUUAUCAUCUGUAGCAGCUUUGGUGUAGCAGAAAGAGCACUGCCCUAGAUUCCAGUGUUGGCUUAUCUGUCCACUUGCUUUCUGGGGGAUUUUAGGCAAGUCAUGUUUACUAGAAUUUGCUAAUGAUUAUCGAACAGUUACCAGAUGACAGGGACUCUGCUGGUAGAUUUCCAUGCAUUACUUCAUUUAAUCCUCCCAACAACCAAAUGAGGAAAGUUAAAUUGUCAUCUUCAUGUUACACCAGAAGAAACAGAGCCUUUAGCUGGGUAACUAAUUUGUCCCAGGAUCAAUGGCCAGGUUGGUGGAGUGGGGUUGAGCCUGGGAAUGUGACUUCAGAGCCUACACGAUUAACCACCAGAUGGUACAUAGCAGCUCUGAACCUCACCAUCUAUGUUCAAAACAGAAGCACCUUCAAAAGGAGCUCAUAUUUAUUCAGCACCCUCUGUGCUAGGCAUUUUGCUAGACACAUUAUUUCAUUUCUCCUUGUUCCGGUUUGCUAAUGCUGCUGUUUAGCAAAAUACCAGAAAUGGAUUGGCUUUUAUAAAGGGAGUUUAUUUGGUUACAC